AUGUUUUCUCUGGCAUGUAUAUCCGUGGGUCUUCUGGGUGCUAGCUUACCAGUUGUUACUGCGAAUAGCCCUUCGGAUAUUCUUCAUCGGGAUGUCGUGGUUAUCGGUGGAGGUGCUUCCGGUGCCUACGCUGCCGUGAGGCUACGGGAUGACUUUAACAAGUCCAUCGCCUUGAUCGAGAAGCAGGACAUCCUGGGUGGCAUGGUCGACACUUAUGUGGAUAACAAGACAGGCGCCACAUAUGACUUUGGUGUUCAGAGCUUCCUCAACGUUAGCAAAGCCAAGGAAUUCUUUGACCGGUUUAAUAUCUCGGUUAGCAGUAACUCGAGUAGUCCGACGCUAAUCACCGAGUACAUCGACUUCAACACCGGCGCCGAAGUCGCUUUUCAACCCCCAUCUCUGACGGCGCAGAUAACUGCAAUUGCCAAAUUCCUCGAUGUGAUCGAGCCAUGGGAAUCUAUGUUGCAGCCCGGAUACUGGAACUUUCCUGCACCCGAAAAUAUCCCAGACGAUCUUCUGAUCCCUUUCGGGGAAUUCUUGACCAAAUAUGGCCUCGAAGACGGUACACCUCUUAUGUACUCAACCACUGGUCUUGGGGUGGGCAAUAUGAGUGAAGUAGCUACCAUGUUUGUACUUCAGAGCUUUGGCUGGGAUAUGGCACGGGCCAUGACAGGUCAAAUGGGUCUGUUUACACCUACUUCUGGAGGCAACCAGGCUCUCUACAAUGCCAUCGCCAAGGAUCUAGGCGAGGAUGUACUCUACUCGAGCACGGUGACCAACAGCCACCGCACCAAUUCCAGCGUCCAACUUACUGUCCGAAACCACAAGACCGGAAAGCUCACCCAGAUUGUCGCUCGCCGGCUCCUGGUUGCUAUUGAGCCCACCGAUGACAAUGUAACUCCCCUGGAUCUCAGUCCGUUCGAGCGAGACACCCUCGCCAAGCUCACAUACUCCAAUGAGUUCACGGGCCUGGUUGACAACUCUAUCUUCAACACGAGUUAUUACUACUUCAAUCUGCCUUCGUCCGCGGCGCCAAACCAUACACUCGUCUUUCAAGAUGAGCCAAUGGUUGCGAGCUUCCAGUACACCGGCCUUGAGCACUUAUUCCGUGUAAUGAUCAUCGGUAACAAAACCACCACCAGUAGUGAAGCCAAGUUCCUUGCUCAAACAAGCUUCGACACUUUGCUGAAUACUGGUCGUCUAUCGGGAACUGAACUCCAGACCCAGAAGCUUAACUGGGCUGCUUUCUCUACACAUGGACCAAUGCACGCGCGCGUUUCCGUUGAUGAGGUCAAAAAUGGGUUCUUCCAAGAUCUGUAUAAGUUGCAGGGAGCUCGCAGUACGUGGUGGACGGGUGGUGCCUUUUCGGUCAACUUCCAGACGAAGUUAUGGGAGUUUGAUGAAGGUCUUAUUCCAAAGAUACUUGAGGGGCUUUGA